AAACUGAAAAGGAAAGAGACAGAGACAGAUAGACAUUACAUUACAGCGUAUAAAAGCAAGGCCACAGAACAAGGGGAACCCUGUUUUUGCCUCUCGUGCCAACAAAUUUACCAUUGUUGAACUUGGGUUUUCUUCCUUCUCUCUUCUCGAAGGUUUUUUUUUUCUUCUUUCCUUCAAGUUUAGGUUUCACAGAGAAAUUUGGCUCCUUUCUGGUUUUUUUUUUUAUUACCUUGAGAUGGCCAGAAAUGGAGCCGUUACAUGGCGGAGGAGGACGGAGAAGAUUGACGGCUUCGAUCUUUCACCGUCUGAUUCUGAGGAAGUUCACGUUCUUGCCGUCGAUGAUAGCCACGUUGAUCGGAAAGUCAUUGAAAGGUUGCUCAGAAUUUCCUCUUGCAAAGUGACGGCAGUGGAUAGUGGAAGGAGAGCUUUGCAAUUUCUGGGAUUGGAUGAGGAGGAAAACAGUAAUGGUUUUGAUGGUCUGAAGGUUGAUCUGAUUAUCACUGACUAUUGCAUGCCUGGAAUGACUGGCUACGAAUUGCUCAAAAAAAUUAAGGAAUCUUCUGCUUUUAGAGAAAUCCCGGUAGUAAUCAUGUCAUCUGAGAACGUUUUAGCUCGAAUUGACAGAUGUUUAGAGGAAGGAGCAGAGGAUUUCAUAGUGAAGCCGGUGAAAUUAUCAGAUGUUAAACGUAUAAAAGAUUACAUGACGAGAGAGUUCAGAGUGGGUGAAGGAGAAAGAGGAGGUGGAAUCCACAAGAGAAAGCUGAGAGACAGCUGUGAUCUCUCCUCAUCACCACCGUCCACUUUAUCAUCAUCACCGGCAUCACCAGCAUCAUCUCCAUCAUCACAAUCUCCAUCCCCAUCGCCGUCAAUUCUAUCAGCAUCAGCACCAUGUUCUCCCUCAUCACUAGAUUCUCCCACCAGACGUCUCAAAAUGACAAGCUCUGAAUAGAAAUUACGUUAUUUUUAUCAGGAGCCCACGCCAAACCCUCCUCCGACCUGCAAUUCUCCGUUUAUAUUUUAACGGUUUUUGUUGCACUGUGCAAUCAAUCAAAGUCCUUCCCCUCCAUUUUGCCCUCUUGCUUUUUUUUUUAUUGGUUCUAUUUUUUGUUAAUCUAUAACGUGACAAAAUCGAGUUACGAAUCCUAAUUCUGAUUAACUUAA